AUGCGCCGCCGCGGCUGCGCCCCGAUCCCGCCCAUGUACCACGUCAUCCUCGAGGCCGCCUGCAGGGGCGGCGGAUUCCGGUGCGCCGUCAGGGUGCUCCAGGACCUCCGCGCCAGGGGCUGCGCGCUCGACGUCGGCAACUGCAACCUCGUCCUCAACGCCGUCUACGACCAAGUGUCGGUGGAAGAGGCGCUCCGCCUGCUGCCGGACCUGCUGCCGUCCUUCGGCUGCGAGCCGGACGUGGUGAGCUACAACGCCGUGCUCAAGGGCCUCUGCAUGGCCAAGCGGUGGGGACGUGUUCAGGACCUCAUGGAGGAGAUGGUCACGGUGGGCUGCCCGCCCAACAUCGUCACCUUCAACACCCUCAUCGGUUACUUGUGUCAGAACGGCUUGUUCGAGCGGGUGCAUGAGGUCCUCGCGCAGAUGGCGGAGCAUGGGUGCACGCCGGACAUCAGGAUGUAUGCCACUAUCCUCGAUGGUAUCUGCAAGGAAGGGCAUCUCGAGGUCGCGCACGAGAUUUUGAAUAGGAUGCCUUCCUACGGGUUCAUGCCCAAUGUAGUUUGCUACAAUACUGUGCUCAAGGGCUUGUGCAGUGCUGAGCGGUGCGAGGAAGCCGAGGAGUUGCUGGCUGAGAUGUUUGACAAGGACUGCCCACUUGAUGAUGUCACGGUCAACAUACUUGUUGAUUUCUUCUGCCAAAAUGGGCUGGUGUACCGGGUGAUCGAACUACUUGAGCAAAUGCUGGAGCAUGGAUGCAUCCCAGAUGUCAUCACAUACACUACAGUGAUCAAUGGCUUCUGCAAGGAAGGGCUUAUCGACGAAGCUGUCAUGUUGUUGAAAAUCAUCAAUUUCUUGUGUAAAAAGGGACUGGUUGAGCAGGCCAUUGAACUUCUUAAGCAGAUGCUACUGAAUGGAUGCAGUCCCGACCUGAUUAGCUACAGCACAGUGAUUGAUGGGCUUGGCAAGGCUGGCAAGACGGACGAAGCACUGGAGCUGUUAAAUGUGAUAGUCAACAAAGGGAUGAGCCCAAACACAAUCAUUUAUUCGUCAAUAGCUUCUGCUCUCUCCAGAGAAGGUAGAAUUAGCAGGGUAAUUCAGAUGUUUGAUAACAUCCAAGAUGCCACGAUAAGGUCCGAUGCAGUGCUCUACAAUGCAGUUAUUUCUUCGCUUUGCAAAAGAGGGGAAACUGAUCGUGCUAUUGAGUUUUUGGCAUAUAUGGUGUCCAGUGGAUGCAUGCCCAAUGAAUCGACCUACACUAUUCUUAUUCGAGGCUUAGCAAGUGAGGGAUUUGUGAAGGAGGCACAAGAGAUGUUGAUUGAGUUGUGCUCCAAAGGUGCUCUAAGAAAGCACUUGAUGAAGCAUUUUGGUAUUGUAUGA